GACCGGCCGCCCACGACCGCUGCCAGGGCCCAGCCGGUGCGGCGGCGCGACACAUACAGCCCCGUGUCGCCAGAAGGCGUCCUGGCACCGCUGCCCGCCUGGGCGCAGGCGCUGGGGAAGACACUUCAUCCUGGCUCCAUGAAUCAGCGGGACCGGCAUCUCGGGCUCGGGGGAUACGCGGAGCAGGACGUUUGUUCGGCCCAGUGGAGCUCUGCACGAGAUGCUCUCGUUACCCGCCCAAGCCGAUGAGGUGCUUAUCGUCCGACUUGUGCAUCUUUUGGCAGAAUGGGGCAGCUCGACGGCCACCGAAUGCUUUAUCCACCAUGUACCAACGGAACAUGUCUUUGCCGUGCCUGGCGUGCUCGACUGGAGGAUGGAUCCACAGCUGCCUUGCGAUUUUGGGAUUGCCCUACAGCAACUGGCAAGCAACCGCUCUCGACGGAACCAAGACGCCGGAAAGCCACUGGCCUACGACGACAAUUUCAGGCAGGUCACAAGCUCCGUUACAUAGCUGAUUGGCUGUGCCCUUCUCGAACCCUCGAUACCCAUUGCCUGUCGUGUCGUGCCCUUAUUAAACGCCUGCGUUAUGCCGACCCAGCCUGCCAUUGUCAUAGCUCGUCAACCCUCCAAUUCCGGGUAUUGACUAUACAUCUAAAUACGACUGAUCGCCGCACCACACCACCCACCUACCUCGACCCACCCAAGCUGAUGAACCCUCCCACCAACACCCAAGGUACCAGGGCCGCUGAUUCUCCACCACCUCCUCCUCCUCCUCCU